GUCUCUGCUUCCGGCAGAUCUUCCUUUAAAGGCGCAUUGGAAGCGCAGCCUUCAGCCGCGGAGAAGCGAAGCAGACGCCGAGCGGCCGGAACUCCUUUCGGCUGGAAGGAACGCGGAGCUGCGGCCAGGCCUGAAGACUUAAGGUUGCACCCUGGACCAAACCACAGCGUCUCAAAGACCUUUAUGAACCUUUCACACUCUUUUGACUGAUCAGCCAAUCGAUGGGGAUUUUCAGAGGAGCUCCGCCCAGCGUCGUCACCCACCCUUCUCCUUCCUGCCCCCCCUGCAGCCUCCUGCUCGCCCCCACACAGACCUCCAUCCAGCCCCCCAAACACAAAAUGACUCUGGAGCUGACCGAGUGGUCUUCUAUACGGAUUUUGACAGCUUUUAAUAGACAGUAAAGGGGGCGGACCUCCAUGACAGAAAAGCCAUAAACACCACACACUUGCGCACACACGCACACACACACACCCACACACACAAAAACUGAAGCUUUCAGGCAGUCUCCAACACCAACAUGUCAAAGGUCAUCUUGGAAAGUUCUCCCCAGUUAGAAGUUCUGCUGCUUCCCAGAGUUUAAGAUUUUCUGGAAAAAGGUUUGUUUUUCUCCAAACGAGUUGGAAACCAGGAGCUGGUGGUGAAUUUUGGGUGGUUUUUACUGCCCUUUAGGGAGGAAAGGUCUUUUUGAAAUCCUCUAAAUCAGGUCUUUUCUGGCCCAGUUCAUGAGGUUCUAUCGGGUUUAAUUAGCCCUAAAAACCGCCGCCUGCUGGUGCAUUCAGCAGAGACUGUAGCAGGAAAUACCAGGAACUCGGAGUCCCAGUCUGGGAGGAAGGUCAUCCUGGUCCGUCGGUGGAAGAGCUGCUGUCUGGUCGCGUGCAUGCCAUCCACCAUGCCUCCCCAGAACACGGAGGCCGACGCUGUGCCGGUGGGAUCUCUGGUUGGCGGCGUCAAAGAACCAUCAGACCAAGAGGAGGACAAAGGCGGCGAGGCGGAUGGAUUGGGGGGCGGAAGGGGAGGAGGAGGAGAGGAGACGGCAAGCGAGGGAUCCGUAGAGGGAAUCCCCGUGAAGAGAUGGGUGAUGCACGGAGCCGUGAUGUUCGGUCGGGAGUUCUGCUACGCCAUGGAGACGGCGCUGGUGACGCCCGUCCUGCUGCAGAUUGGUCUUCCAGAGCAGUACUACAGUCUGACGUGGUUCCUCAGCCCGGUUCUGGGCCUGAUGUUCACGCCUCUGAUCGGCUCCGCCAGCGACCGCUGUACCCUCCGCUGGGGCAGGAGGAGGCCCUUCAUCCUGGCGCUCUGUGUGGGAACACUGAUGGGCGUGGCGCUGUUCCUGAACGGCUCUUUGAUAGGUCUGGCGCUGGGGGACGAACCCGGGAAACAACCAAUAGGAAUAGUUCUGACAGUGCUGGGUGUUGUGGUUCUGGACUUUUGCGCGGACGCCACUGAGGGCCCGAUCAGAGCGUACCUGCUGGACGUGGCGGAUACCGAAGAACAAGACAUGGCGCUCAACAUCCACGCUGCUUCUGCAGGUCUGGGCGGCGCCGUCGGCUACGCCCUUGGAGGGUUGGACUGGACGCACACCUUCCUGGGAGCCAUCUUUAAGUCCCAGGAGCAGAUCUUGUUCGUCUUUGCUGCCGUCCUGUUCUCCGCCUCGGUGGUGCUUCACCUCCUCAGCAUUGAGGAGCAGCAGUACUCUCCACUGCAGGACCGCCUGGACCAGGAGAGUCCACACCCCCCCCGUCUGCAGCAAGCUGCAAACGGCAGGGCUGGAUGUCCGGCGCUGGAGACGAUUGGAGAACGUUCCACCAUGGAGUCAUGUGACCUGUAUGACCCCUACGGAGAGAGCGUGUCAGUCCACGGAGACAUGGACUUCCUGCAGGCGGAGCUGGUGAGAAGUAAAAGCGACAGCGUGCUCGCCAUGGCAGACGCAACCCUCGACCACCUGGACCAUGAUGCUUUGUUCCUCUGCCACAUAGAACCCUCUAUUUUCGCCGACCACCUCUCCCCCUAUCACGGGUCACCCUCCAGGACCUCCUCCUUCUUCUGCCCAAACCGCGCCGGCUCCCGUCCGGGGCUCGCCAACAUCAGGCGCAGCAGCAGCACCGGCAGUGAGGACUUGCUCCGCCCCCAAGCCACCCAUCAUCCCACUUUUGCUCCGGCUCCGAGGAUUUCACGGCUUUCAGCUUUCUUGCAAGAAAUGGAGAAUGACGACGGCCAGGAGGCGCUGCUGAACAACCAGCUGAACGAGCAGCGGACGCUGAAUGGACGGCUGCUCGCCGGCGUGAGCGGCGCCGAGAGGGGAAGCUCCGACCGGCUGAGCUCCAAGGGACAGGCGCACCGCGCCGGAAUGAUCAAAGCUGCCAGUACCGGGGCUCCCAUGCGGCAGCCUCGCCACCGUCACACCUUCUACCGCCAGCCGUCCUGCACCUUCUCCUAUUAUGGGCGUGUGGGAGGCCGCCGUUACCGCUACCGGCGUGCCAACGCCGCCUUCCUGAUCAAACCGUCUCGCAGCAUGAGCGACUUGUGCGAAGUGGAGGCUCGCCACCGGAGGGCCAACCGGCAGAGAAACCGGGACCGGCACCGCAGCGGGAACACCAACUCCUCCAGCGGAGAUACGGAGAGCGAGGAAGGCGAGGUUGAGACCAGCGUAAAGCUGCUGUGGCUCUCCAUGCUGAAGAUGCCUCCAGAGCUGCUGCGGCUGUGCGCCUGCCACCUGCUCACCUGGUUUUCCAUCAUCGCCGAGGCCGUCUUCUUCACCGAUUUCAUGGGUCAGGUCAUCUACCACGGAGAUCCCACCGCUCCUGCAAACUCCACAUUGCUGGAAAGUUACCACAAAGGGGUUCAGAUGGGCUGCUGGGGGCUGGUCAUUUACGCCAUGACCGCGGCUACCUGUUCAGCUGUUCUUCAAAAGUAUCUGGAUAACUUUGACUUGAGCAUCAAAGUGAUCUACAUCCUGGGAACUCUGGGAUUCUCUAUCGGAACGGCUGUCAUGGCCAUCUUCUCUAACGUCUACGUUUCCAUGGUGAUGAUCAGCAGCAUGGGAAUCAUCUCCAUGAGUAUCUGCUACUGCCCGUAUGCUCUGCUGGGACAGUACCAUGAAAUGAAAAAGUAUAUCCAGCACAGUCCUGGAAACUCGCGGAGAGGAUUUGGCAUAGACUGCGCCAUCUUGUCCUGUCAAGUGUACAUCAGUCAGAUUUUGGUGGCCUCCGCUCUGGGCCCCCUGGUGGAAGCUGUUGGUAGUGUUCGUGUCAUCCCCAUGGUGGCGUCUGGAGGCUCCUUCCUGGGGUUUUUGACCGCCUGCUUCCUGGUGAUUUACCCGACUCCAAACAACGGGGAGGGGGAUUCAGCCAAAGCUUCAGAGAAACAGGCACUGACAACGCUGGAAAAUUCCAGCAGCUGUGAAGGAGCCGUUACCGUGGUGAUGGAGAAACCCAGCUUCCUGAAGCUGACCAAGGGGGGUCAGGCUGCAGUCACCACCACUUCCAGUCACUCAGAGAUGGAGUCUGCUCUGUGAUGGAUCCUCUCACUCUACAGAAACUGCUUCUAAAAUGACUCCUCAUGGACCGAGAUGAUGCUGUUCCUCUCCGGGUAUCAUUGGACCCAUCCAUCUGCUGUAGGACCAGACCAGCGUACCAAGCUGGACCUGUGCUGGUCCCAGUUCUGCUUUAGCAUCAGUGAUCCAGAAGAAGGAGCUGCAAUCCUCAGAAAACGCCUGCAAAGCUGCAAAUCUGUCUUCCUCCUGUGGCUCCAGCUUCUGCUGACGCUCAUGCACCAAAACCAGGCUGACGGCACUUUGUUAGCAACCGUAGCUUUAAGGGUGGAGGGGGUUCCUGUGGUCCCACAGAAGCUUUGGUAAAUCUAUCAGAAGAUCAGAUCCUGACAAAAGAACAUGUCAGUUUCCAGGACAACCCCCCCAAAAAGCUAGAAUCCACAAACCAUCUGCUGCACGAUGGACGAAACCAUCUGCUGCACGUUGGAAGAAACCAUCUGCUGCACGAUGGAAGAAACCAUCUGCUGCACGUUGGAAGAAACCAUCUGCUGCACGGUGGACGAAACCAUCUGCUGCACGGUGGAAGAAACCAUCUGCUGCACGGUGGACGAAACCAUCUGCUGCACGAUGGAAGAAACCAUCUGCUGCACGUUGGAAGAAACCAUCUGCUGCACGAUGGACGAAACCAUCUGCUGCACGAUGGAAGAAACCAUCUGCUGCACGGUGGAAGAAACCAUCUGCUGCACGGUGGAAGAAACCAUCUGCUGCACGGUGGAAGAAACCAUCUGCUGCACGGUGGAAGAAACCAUCUGCUGCACGGUGGAAGAAACCAUCUGCUGCACGAUGGACGAAACCAUCUGCUGCACGAUGGAAGAAACCAUCUGCUGCACGUUGGAAGAAACCAUCUGCUGCACGAUGGAAGAAACCAUCUGCUGCACGUUGGAAGAAACCAUCUGCUGCACGGUGGAAGAAACCAUCUGCUGCACGUUGGAAGAAACCAUCUGCUGCACGGUGGACGAAACCAUCUGCUGCACGGUGGAAGAAACCAUCUGCUGCACGGUGGACGAAACCAUCUGCUGCACGGUGGAAGAAACCAUCUGCUGCACGGUGGAAGAAACCAUCUGCUGCACGGUGGAAGAAACCAUCUGCUGCACGAUGGACGAAACCAUCUGCUGCACGAUGGAAGAAACCAUCUGCUGCACGUUGGAAGAAACCAUCUGCUGCACGAUGGAAGAAACCAUCUGCUGCACGAUGGAAGAAACCAUCUGCUGCACGAUGGAAGAAACCAUUUGCUGCACGAUGGAAGAAACCAUCUGCUGCACGGUGGACGAAACCAUCUGCUGCACGGUGGAAGAAACCAUCUGCUGCACGGUGGACGAAACCAUCUGCUGCACGAUGGACGAAACCAUCUGCUGCACGAUGGAAGAAACCAAACCUUUAUUUUGGGGUCCAGCGUUCGUCUCCAAUCGUCGGUUUCAACGAUUUCUCCUCUUUGGGUUUACUGAACUUCUGCAGGAGGAAGUGAGAGAAAGAAAUGCACAAAUUCUACGUUCAUAGUUCGGUUCUGAUGGUUCUUUUGGGUCAACUAUGAAAAACAAAUGGAGGGACGAUGUUUGGAAGAAGAGGAUGGAGGAAGUCUGAAGGAAAAAUGUUAGUUUUAUACAGAAGUGAUGAAAGUUUAAAGUUCUGAAAAUGCACAGCUGACGGUUCUGGGCUGAUUUGGACUCUUGAGUGUCGCCUGCAGAACCCGCUUUGGACUCUGCACACUUUGCCCCCCCCCCCUCAGGGCAAUUCCUGCCCACCUGCUUCCCUUUUGAGUCCCUACAAUGUUUUUGGCUCCGCCCAAAGGGGGCGGUGGUUUCCAGUUGGACUUAGAUGGAGCGCCACCCUCCAAUCUUUAUUGGUGUUGACACGGCGAGCGCGGCGUGACGGAAAAGGAAUCCAAAGGGCGGGGGCGUGGCGGGCAGGAAUUAUUAUUAUUAAAGCUUUUACUGAAGUGUACAGCAAUAACUGAUCGAUCUGAUUGAUUUCCUGUUUUUGCUGCAGCAGUUUUUCCUCCAGACUGAAGUUGUUUCCUUUGGUUUUUAUUCUACAUAUAUUCUAUGCUAUAUAAUAUUUUCUAUUCUGGUUUUUAAAACCGUCUUGAUCAGUGUGGAGGUAAAGUGGGGACUCAGAAAAGCUUUUCUGCUUCUGCCUUUUUCUCGUUCUUGGAUCCUCUAAGGUUCAUUCUCUGCUUCUUUUCUUUUUUCAAAGCAGAGAGUGAAGAAAAUUCCUUCUUCAGGCCGAUAAAACUGCAUGAAGGGUUUGUGAUCACGUCUGCAGAAUGCGUGUGGAACAGUUCUGCUGGGUUCCUGGCAGGUUUACUUCAGAUGCAUGUUUGAAAUGUUUGACUCAGUGUCCUGGAAACACGCGUGUGUUUCUCUACAUGUUUGCACAAACGUCUGACCGCGUCGAUGUGGGGCUGGAGCAGAACCCUGCAGCCUGAAACAAAUACUUGAAGUGUUUGAAACGGAGGGAGAGUGUUGUGUUGGUGAAGGUUGUGUGUUGGUUGUUGUUGUCUGAGGCCUUUGGAUGCUCAGACGGCCGCUCGGCCUGCUGGGAGAUUGAGUUCUGUACCUUUUGAUUCCAUCUGUAAAGAAUGUAAAGAACAGAUGAAUGUGAGUCGAUUUCUGCUGAAAUCAGUUUAGUUUGGAUGUUGAGCGAGCCGGUGGUGCAGCGUCCUGACACAAAAUGGAAUUUUCACUGAAGCUGCAGGAAAUCAAACGUGAGCGUUUAUUUUUUUCGGUUUUGGGGUCUAGAAGUUUGCAACAGAUUCAAGCUUUUAUUUUUGCUGUUACAGGAAGUAACUGGACUGACAGACUCGACUGUUUUCGUGGGUCAAAGGUCGUCCCAGCUGUCCCGGUUUGCGCCGGCGCUGGUGUUUGUGUCUGUUGGGUGAAGAAAGUGUCUUUUCUUUAGAGUUUGCACUUUGAUGAUCAGUCUGAAUGUUUCUGACGUCCAGUCGGUCGGGACGCCGUCAGCCCGUCACGGGACUUCCUCCACGGCGGCGCCUGACGCUGGCGGCGUGCCUGAAAACUUCAAUGUCCAUAGAGUCAAUCACCAAUAUUUAAAGAAUGGGAAAUCUGUGCAGUGUACUAUAUACAUAUAUUAUGCAUUGUUUUUGGAAAAAAGAUGUAAAUAUUCAUUUUUCUUUUAGUUUCUUCUGUUUUGCUGCUAUAAAAGAUGAUUAUUUUUGUUAGUUUUGUUUUCUAUGCAUAGAGUCUGUAUAUAGAUAUAAGUUAUAUAAAAAUGCUUGAGCCUUCAUAAGUAGGACUCUGAAUGAACACUGUAUGAAACGCACCUUUCAAAUCUGAAGUAAAAUUUAAAUGAAUCAAA